GGCAGACUGACGCCAUGGACUCAUUCACUGUUCACAUCUCUGGUACGAACGCACGUACAUCUCCAUUGUUCGUUCGAUCGCGAAACUUUAGCGUUCUUACUGACGUCACCAAAAGCGUCAUCAAAGCCACUCCUUUUGGGAAACUUUUGAAGAACUCGCGACUAUCGGGUAUAAAAGCGGUCCGUUUCUCCACUUGCCAACAGAACAGGACCUGAGACUCAGAACGACCGAAGCGGACAACUUGUGUGUGAGACGGAGAGAUCAGACUUCUGCAGAAUGCGCACCAUCGCAACAUUGCCGAUUUUCCUGGUGGUACUCGUCAGUUUAUGGAGGGAUGUCAACAGCAGACCAGCAAAAGUCCAGAUCAGCGAUCUCCUGUAUGAAGACGGUCCGUUGUGGGAGUCCAGCAGUGCCGAAACGACAUUUCCAGACUACGGCUCCGGUUCCGCCGAGGCAGAUCCCAACAUCAACCUCGUGGGUGAAGCAAAGAACGACGAGAGCAGCUUCGACCUGUCGGAAGAUGACUUCAGCGGGGCCGCAGAGCGACACCGUAGAGUGCGACGUUCCCUUCUGGGGAGGUACAAGUCUCACUGCCGCCGCCGCCAUGGCAGCAACGGGCAGUACGACCGCUUUCGACCGGACGAAGCAAAAGUCAGUCAGCAGGCCAGGAGGAAAGCCCGGGCGCCAGACGGGGUCUACAACAACGGAGGGCAUCCCGUGGUCGUGCAAACCAAGCGCAGCCCCAAGUGCAGGAGCCGCUGGUGCAGCAUGGCGUACUUCCUGAGAAAGGUGAAGGCGUACGGGUUCUGGAAGAAAAGUCAGGGGCAGGCCAAGCGCGUCGAUACACGAUCAAACAACUUGGACUUUAUCGACUGGAAUACUCUAGAGGCAAUGCCCUAGAUGCUCUUAGUG